UUGGGUACUUUUGGUAUUAACCAUGGAUCCCUCAUUUCACAUGAUUUUAUAUUUUCUAGUAUGUCUAGGAGCAGUUGCUAAAGAAAUUCCAUUAAAGAAUUCAGCAGUAAAAGAAAAUAAGGAUACCCGGAAGCUCAAACAAAGCUUGAAGAUCUUGCGAGAUUAUUUGGAUGAGCUUGGCAUCAAACAACCUACAGAGACACAAACCGAGUACCCCAUUUUAAAAGUGGAUGAACCUGGAAUCAAACAAUCCCCAGAAACCCAAACUGAGUAUCCCAUUUCAAAAGUGUCAGUGAAGUUGUUUGGUGUGGGCCAAUCCCAAAAGAUACAAACCACAGAAUACUCUUCAGAAGAAGAUGUAUUUGGCCCUCAUUAUCGUACAGUGAAUACAGACGAGCCACCUAUGGACCUCCCAAUAGAAGGAUUACGGGAUCAGGAUCUUCCUCAAAACUUGUUUUUUCAACCAAUACCACUUUCAGACAGAAUACAUGAGAUUGGGAAAAGUGGCCAAGGACAUCAGAAAAAAAGAAUUGAGGAAAAGAUACUGCUUCCCAUCUCUGUUAUUACAUUACUUGUUUCAUUAAUUCUUCUUGGGUGUUCUGCCUUUGGAAUAUAUGAAUGUACCAAAGAAAAGAGAGACCAGACACCAGGUCAGACCAGAUAUACACAAACAGAGGAACUUGAAAUAACAUCCUUCAAUGCUAUUGUGAAUAUUGUGGAUGAAGUAUCAUCAUUUUCAGAUGACUCGGAGGCCUCGCAAGACAAACAUGAAAACAGACCACACCAUUAGUCUAAAAAAAACAGCUGAAUCUACUUAAAAGAAGUAACAAACAGCAGAAGCAGUACUUAUCUAUAUAGCUAUAUAUCUAUAACUCUUUGUUUUAAAUUUAAAGAAUUUCAAUACUUUUUGUUCUUUUAUAUAUA